GGACGGUAUGAAAUUGGAACAUAUAUUUGUGCUGUCGCCGUCCUAUGAAAGUACCGAUCACAGCAACCUUGUUCAUGAGGUACUUUUGUACGGCGAUUGUGAAGGACCAAUCGGCGGUGGCUCCGGUGACUACUUGUAAAACACUUAUUAAACGGAACAACCUCUAUGGGAGAUUGUCGGCGGUGGCAAUCACCGGCGAAACUGUGGCACAGACGUUAAAUCAUUAUCUCCGGGAGGGUAAUUCUGUCAGCAAAAUUCAACUCGAGAGGUCUGUCAAGGAGCUUCGCAAGUAUGGUAGAUUCAAUCACGCCCUUGAGAUAAUGGAGUGGAUGAAAAAAAGAGGUAUCAACCUUUCUCAUAGUGACCAUGCUAUUUGCUUGGAUCUGAUAUCAAAAGUCAAGGGAACAUCUGCCGCUGAAAAUUACUUUGCCGACCUCUCAUCAUCAACAAAGAAUAAAUUUACAUAUGGGGCUCUGCUAAACUGUUAUUGCAAAGAAAAACUCACUGACAAAGCGCAAUCUUUAUUUGAGAAAAUGGAUGAAUUAGGCAUUGCUUCUUCGAUGUCUUUCAACAAUCUUAUGUCCUUAUACAUGAGACAAAACCAGCCAGAGAAGGUACCUUCUCUUAUCCAAGAUAUGAAGAACAAGAACAUCUUGCCAUGUGUAUUUUCUUAUAACAUCUGGAUGACUAGCUAUUCAUGCUUAAAUGACAUAAAGGGGGUGGAAAGGGUAUAUGAGGAGAUGAUAUACAGUGGACAGCAUUGUGACUGGACAACAUAUAGUAAUAUGGCUGUUGCCUAUGUCAAGGCUGGACUACAUGAAAAGGCGGAAUCAACUCUUAAAAGAGUGGAAGAGGAAAUUCAGAAGAUGGGCAGACCUUGUAACCGUAGCCCAUUUCAUUUCAUGUUAAGCUUGUAUUCUGGAACUUCUAAUUUAAAGGAGGUCCAUAGAAUCUGGAAUGCCUUAAAGCUAGCGUUCAAAUAUACUAGCAAUACGAGUACCCUACUUAUGCUUCAGGCUCUUGCCAGACUGGAUGAUGUGAAUGGAUUGAAGGAGGUAUUUGAGGAGUGGGAGUCAACUUGUUCCAGUUACGAUAGAAGGCUGCCAAAUACUGCAAUAGCUGUUUAUUUAAAGCAUGACAUGAUUGAAGAAGCUGAGAAUGUCUUCCACAACCUUGUAAAGAGAUGUGAAACACCCUUCUAUUGGUCUUGGGGGUUGUUCAUGUCAUACUAUCUGAAGAAACAGCAGAUAGAUUUAGCUUUAAGAUAUCUUGAAGCAGCUAUUUCUGGAAUUAAUAAUAAUGAAUGGCGUCCAUUUGCUGCAGAUAUUACCAGAUUUAUGGAAUACUUUAAGAAAGAGGGUGAUGUUACUGGUGCUGAGAAGUUAUGUGAGAUAUUGAAGAAAGCUAAUUGUAUUGAUUCUGAAGCCUACAUGUUAUUGCUUGAAGUGUAUGUAGCUGCUAAUAUGACAGCACCCCAAGUUCGUUGUAAGAUGAAGGAUGAUGGGAUUGAAAUCAGCUCUGAACAUGAGGAAUUGCUUAGAAGAGUUUGUCCCGAGUAGUUAUUUUCUCAAUUUACAUUGAGUUUGAUGCAAGCAUGAAAAAGUAAUGCCUACUUGCAAGAGAAUCUCUUUUGCACUAGUUUCUAAUAUAAGAGGGUCAUUCAUCAACGGUCUUGCAAAUUAGCUAGGAAGAACGCAGAAGAAUGAUGUUGACGUGACUAAAUUUCCAACAACGUUGGAUGAACUUUUCUUCUUGCUCACCUGGUAGUGGAAAUAACAAACCUACUUUUAGAACAAAGUGGCUUGUUAAUUCACUUGAAUCUGAUAUAUACGUUCAAAGGACUAUGUCCUGCUGACAGAUAUAUGUAUAGCUCUCCAGCCAUGAGCAAAGAAACACUCAAUUUCCCUGCAAAGGAAUAUGGCUGACAAGUUAACUUGAUGAAUAUAUGCAUUGUAUAUUAGGUGCAUUGUUGAGUAGGGCUAGAAGUUUGGCAUUCAAUUAAUGUCCUUAAAGUCAUGUAUCUGUUGUUGAUAGAGGCUUGGAUAUCAUCGUUAAUAGAUUUCAACAUAUGUUGUCCAACUCUAUAACACUGCUGUUGAAGAUUUUUGCAAUGUUGCUACUUGACAAUACUUUUAUUUCCAAAA